UAUGAUUGGUAAUGUGAAUUCUCGCACGAGAUUUUUUUGUCAAGACUUAAUUCAAUAAUUUUUGGUCUAACAAAAUGGUCUUUAUUGGCAACGAUCCAUUACUUAGCUAUCAAGACGAUACUUGUCGUCGAGAUUCAAGUAAAAUCGAUGAUAAUCCACUCGAAUGGUAUCAUGUAGGAAUAGCUUCGACGUUCAUUAUUAUAAAUAGUGUUAUAUCAAUAUCAUUUGGUUUAAAUUUAGGAACAUCUUUAUUUGUCAGCGCGGUCCGUUGUGUUGUACAAUUGACCUUAAUGGGCUUAGUUCUUGAAGAUGUUUUUAAAGCACAAAAUCCUUAUAUUGUUUUUGCAAUGAUUUUUGUACUUGUUUUUCUCGGCGCCAAUGAAAUAGUAUUAAAUAAGAGCAAGAAGAGACACGCCGGCAUGUAUUUGUCCGUUCUUCUUUCGCUGGGAGUAAGUACUAUGAUAAUUGGUACUAUCGGAUCUCGUUUUUCUUUGAAUCAAGGAAAAUUUUGGGAUCCACGGAUAUUUGUUCCAACAAUGGGAAUGCUUCUUGGGAAUGGUAUGUCAGCAAUAGCUGUUGCCACUUCUUAUGCACUUAAUCAAUUAAGUGAACAAAAGGAAAUGAUAGAAAUGUACUUAUCAUUUGGUGCUUCUCGAUGGGAAGCCGGUCGUCCGGUUGCAGUUGAAGCGAUAAGAUUAGCUAUGUUACCUACUAUUAAUGCUAUGAGUAUAAUUGGAUUGAUUGCUAUUCCAGGUAUGAUGACUGGUCAAAUUAUUGGUGGUGCACCUAUAAUGGAUGCUGUUAAAUAUCAACAGAUUAUCAUGUUCAUGAUAUCUGCUUCUACGGCAUUAGGAGUAUUAUCUUCAAUUUUUGUAUGUAUGUUCACUUGUAUUGAUAAUUCACAUCGAUUGAGAAAUGAUAGAAUAUCAAGUUCAAAACCAUGGAUUUUUGCCAAAAAGGAUGAAUUUUUAAAUAACAUAAAACGUGGUAUAAUUGGCUUAAAAAAUAUUUUAUUAUGUUGUUUCAUAAAAAAAGUUGAUGUAGAAGAAGAAUCAUUAGGAUUAUUAAGUAGUAGAAAUUAAUAAUCUAAAUGUUAUUUUUUUCAAUGGUUUAUGUUUUUGCAAUCUAGUGCUAUUUUAUAAAAUAAUAAAAAUAGAUAAAAAAAAUUCUAGUAAGAUGG